UUUUCCUACUUCCACACAUUAAGAAUGUGAAUAUUACUCCAAUCAUUGAGCAAGAAGAAGCAUUUGUUUUUAACAGCUGUUCUUGUUUUCCUCGCUUAGAAGUAAAAUUAAUAACCGCGUUUGUAUUUUCGAUAUGACUGAUCCUGAGCCAGAUUUCAAUAGUUUGUUGGAUAAUAUUGUUUUAGCCGAAGAAAAUCUUAAUCGCGAAGGCUACGAAGAAGGUUUGGAAGAAGGACGAGCACGUGGCAUUAAAGAAGGUUACCAAUUGGGCUACGCACAAGGCGUGCAGCUGGGUGCAGAAUUAGGUGAAAUUUACGCUCUUGUUGUAUAUCAGCAAACAAAGGCGCAUAGCGAAAAAAUACAACGUGCACUCCAACAGCUACGUAAGAGUAUAGACGACUUUCCUCGUGAUAAUAAUCCAGAAGCUGAUAUAAUUGGUGCAGUGGAGAGCAUAAGAAAUCAAUUUAAGCGUGUGCGUAUACUAACUGCGGGCAAAGUUGGAAAGGUGGUGAAGAAAGUAAGCGACAACAGUAGUAGUGUGGAGCAGAAAGAUAAAGAUUUAUCUUUCUAAAAAAGCAGCAAAAUACAUAGCAAAAUGA